AUGGUGUCUGCCCAACAUCUCGCUAUGGUCCUGGCCGCGGGUGCCUCUGCCCAGUCCAACUUUGGCACCCCGACGUCUACAGUGCCUACCACUUCACCUACUAGUUUGGGGACUUCUAUGAUCUCGAUUAACAAGGACGCCUACCAAAACGACACUAGCAAGUACUACCUGGGCUAUACGGAGGCCGACUUUGAGAAGCCCUUCGCCAAGUACUGGCGUCCUCGUGUCGCCCCUAUCACUGAUGAAGUCCAGAAGGGGAUCUCUUCUAGUCCUUUUGCUGCUGCUCUUGCGUACGAGGCUCAUGAUGCCGGAUACUACAUGUCUCUGCCUGGAUACCAGGAGAUGGAGAACGGCUAUGCGAUCUCCUUGAACGGUACCGCGAUGCUCACUGCCCGAACCGAGAUUCCGGAUAUAAACGGUGAGAUGUACGAUUGGUGGUUUGGUUGGCACCUUGUCGAGACCGCUCGCUACAAGCUCUGGAACCCUGUAGCGCAUCAGUACGCCUGGCGGCACCCCGACUCUCUUGACUGGACGAACAAGACCUACGCAGAGCGCUAUAUCAACACCGCCUCCUUCAUCGAUGAAUACAUCGGCAACGACGCCUCGAAGCUUACCAUCGCCUUUAUCGAUCCCUCGGAGCUGGGCUUCGACAAGUCUAACUGGGAUGCAGUGGGCAUUGAGACCGUCGUGGCAGCCCACAUUGUGACCGGUGCUCAUGUGACAUCUGGUUUUGACAACGCUUCCUACUUAGUCCACCAGGUCCGCCGCUUGCCUGAUGGUUCGCGCGAGCUGCGUUCGCGCUUUUGGUUGGCGAAGCACACCACUGAGAUUGCUCAUGAUCUUAUCGUGCACUGCAACAUCGAGAUGCAACACUUGAACACUGUUCUUCCCGCCAUCUUCGCCGAGUUCAAGGACACGUUAUAG